GGCACUGUCCGGCCCUCUUCAUCUCCGAGCCCCUGUAGGGGAACAGCACAGUUCCCCUCUGCCUUUGGUCUCGCCCUGUGCUGACCUCUGCCCAUCAUGGUGGCUGAUGGGAGCGGAAUGUGGCACUCUGAGCGGCACAUUGCGUAUAGUGUUAGAACGUCCUCUCUUCUGCGGCUUGUGGCAGACCUUAGCGUACCAGCGGCCAUGAGCCGGCCCAGGGAGAAGCGACCACCGCCGUAAGCCACACGUGCCACGAACAUGGGCAGAGAGGCCGCACGGGGCACCCGGGAGAGAUCCAGCGCCCAUCCUGUGCUACCGUCCGUGUGCGUGGUUGUUUUCUGCCAUUCAGGAAAGCCUUUUGCUGCUGGUAUGGUGGCGAAGUCGAUGAAGACGAGGAUGAGGAAGUGCCGUCCUUGCCGUGGCAGCAGGAGCGCCACGACCUGACCAAAACCAUCUCCCACCGUGAGAUCUACCGCACAGAUCACACAACACAGUCGUGCCCUUGAACUGCUCCCUGUCUGGAUGUCUGACAGAACACCAAGUGAUAGCGAUGAUGUACCGCUCUCUCCGCAGUGUAAGUCGAUUAGGAAAACACGCGGUGUGCAGACGUGUGUGUGUGUGUGUGUGUGAGCAGUACGGUGCCGAGAUCGAGAAGUUGCGUGAUGCGUUGGCCAAGUCAGCCGGGGACCACAGCACGGCGAUGGCCCAGGUGGGGGCAAUCAGUUGCCCUCUUCAAGCCGCCGCCUCAGCCGAAGGCCCCUCAAAACGGUCAGAGGCGCACGCAGCCAACCAAUGGAGUGAUGGCGGGGGCCGGAGGACCUGCAGCCCCACCAGAUUCAGCCAGUAUUGCCCAACACCACAUCGCACGGAAGAAGAAAGUGCAACACGUGAGAGAGAUUAUAGACAGAGACUCCCAUCUGUACCAAAGCACAUGACGGGAUCCAUCACGUCGCGUGUGUCUCUGUCUGUGUCUCUGUGCACUGCAGCAGAGGCUCGAGAAUCGAGAGGCCACAGCUGGCCUGACGGCCUCAGCAUCAUCAUCC